AUGAAAGCCGUUGAGCGGGCCGACGAGCUGGACCCGGUGAACGGGGAGGUGCUGAAGCAGUGCACCAUCCUGGCGGGCGUCAUCGCCGAGGCGGGCCACGUCAACGAGAAGACCUUUCUCGCCAACAACUUUAAGGCCUAUCUGGACGCGGCGGUGGCGGUCAGCCCCGCGGAUCCGGUGCUGCUGCACAUGCGCGGCCGGUUCAUCUACCAGCUGACGAUGCUCACCGCCGACGAGCGCGACGCGACGCGCUUCCUGGACGAGAUGUCGGAGCCGAGCCUGCAGCUCGCCCUCGUCGACCUCACCAAGGCCUACGAACAGGAGCCGACGGCCAUCGACAAUCUGCUGUACAUGGCGCGCUGUCUGGAGGGGAUCGGCGAACGGGACAAGGCCAGGGACUGUCUUCAACAGAUUGACGGGCUGGCGCCGAACGACGGGGCCGACGAGUGGCAUGCCCGCGAGGCGGCCGACAUGCUCGCCAAGAUGGGACCGCCGCCCGCCGCGCCGCCCCAGCCCGACCAGCAGCAGCAGCAGCAG